UAUCACAUGAGUGACAUGUCAUUUUAUUAGAAGUAAUUUUAUUUAAAAUAAAAUUUAAAAUGAGUGAAGGUGCGGCCACAAAUGGCUUGAAUAUAGAAAACGCAGUGGCAGAGACAAAUGCGCAACCCGCAGAAAAUGCCGCCGCAGCGCAAAACCCGGCGCUCAACAGGCAGCCCACGGGCAUGGAAUCCUUUUUUGCAGUCACAAAAAGCCUGAUUAUUAGAGCAUUGAUAAUCUACUUCAUAACCUCCUUCUUCCGAAGGCCGCAGGCCCCUGUAACAAACGAAAAUGGAGUUGCGGUACCGUCAAAACAAGCUCGAAAUAUAUUUCCCGACGGGACGAACCUAAACUUAUGGGUGUAUCUAUCAGAGACUGAAGAACUGGACAAUUACAAUCAAACAAAUGUGUUCUGGUACAAAAGUGGUUUGGUGUAUGGCGAUUGGACUUCUGGGCCCUUUAAAGACGGGAGUUACGUGAUAGAGAAACAAGUACCAAUCACGGAAACGAUGAGAAAUAAUGGGUCAUUGUAUUUGCAUGCCUUUGUAACCAAAUCUGGGGAAACUCCCCAACCCAGUGCCUUCAGUUUUGCCAAGGAUAAAGUCAGCUCAGUUUUUAAGCAAAUAAACAGGUAUAAAAAAUUAAAAGCCAGCGUGACGAAAAACCUUAUCAGCGGGGAGACGGAAAAACCGGACGUGGAAGAUGGCAAAAUUGUGGCGCAUUGGCACCCAAACAUCACUUUAAACUUAAUUACAGAUCAAACGGCAUGGACGCCAAAUAGCAUGCCCAUGCCUUUGGAUCAGUACAUUAAAUUUACUGAUGACGGUAAUCAUUAUAAACCCGUGUUGUUUGCCAAUGACUUCUGGAACAUGGCGAGGGAUUAUAAGCCGUUGAACGAGACUUUUACGUUAAGAAUUACGUUUCAGCCAAUGAGUUUGAUGAAGUUGCAGAUUUAUAUUGCACAAAAUACAAGGCAGAUGUGGAAUAUUUUCGGUGAUGCGGAACCAAAUCAUAGCGAUGAGGAUCAGGAUACACUAAAGGAAACUUUGUUGGAUACCAAUCCUUACUUGUUGGGUAUUACAAUUUUUGUUUCAAUUCUGCACUCGAUUUUUGAGCUGCUGGCGUUCAAAAACGACAUACAGUUUUGGAAUAAUAGGAAUUCUUUGGAGGGUUUGUCUGUUAGAUCAGUUUUCUUCGGAGUUUUUCAAUCUCUGGUCGUCUUGUUAUAUGUUUUGGACAAUGAAACCAACACUCUUGUUAGGAUUAGUUGUUUUGUUGGUCUAGGUAUAGAAAUGUGGAAAAUAAACAAAGUCGUAGAUUUUAAGCUAGUAGGUUGGAAAAUCACCUUUGAAGAUAAAGGUUCAUACGUCGAAUCUAGCACUAGAGUUUAUGACGAAUUGGCCUUCAAAUAUCUAUCUUGGUUAUGUUUCCCCCUCCUCGCCGGCUACAGCGUGUACGCCCUAAUUUAUUUAGAACACAAAGGCUGGUAUUCCUUUGUCCUAGACUUACUUUAUGGCUACCUCCUCACCUUUGGGUUCAUAAUGAUGACACCUCAACUCUUUAUCAACUACAAACUGAAAUCUGUUGCGCAUUUGCCGUGGAGAAUGAUGACGUACAAAUUUUUAAACACCUUUAUCGACGAUAUGUUUGCUUUCGUCAUCAAAAUGCCUACGAUGUAUAGGUUGGGUUGCUUUAGGGAUGAUAUUAUUUUCUUCGUGUUCUUGUACCAAAAAUGGAUAUAUCCGGUGGAUUUGUCGCGUAGAAACGAGUUCGGUUUUUCUGCGGAUGAUGUCUCGAAAAAGGAUCAGGUCGCUAUCCAAGAUACCGACGAUAAAAAAACUAAAUAAAUUAUAAAUUUCGAUGUCCUAUUUAUAAUAAAUAAUAUCAGUUUAAACCUAUAAUGUAUAAAUGUCCCGUUAUAAAUGUUAAUGUUGCAUCCAAUAAAUAAGUUGUGAUAUUGUUGGUUUAGUAUAUGUAUUUACGUAAUAGACAAUUUUUCAGGAACAAAUCGUUUUGUGUACAUUACUUUGUAUUUAAAUGGAGUUAAUAUGCUAAAUAAAUUGUUUGUUUUUUUAUUUUGUGUACCUUGUAUUAUUAUAAUCAUUAUUUAGCCACUAAAUAUGUAUGUAAAAUACUUAUCUUUUUAAGUACAUAUU